AUGGCCGCGGAGGCGGGCAGCCGGCGCGGGGCGGCGGCGCGGAGGAAGGCGAAGGAGGCGGCGGUGGGUGCCGCCGCGAGGGUUCUCUUCUACCCGACGCUGCUGUACAACGUGGUGCGGAGCAAGGUCCAGGCCGAGUUCCGGUGGUGGGACGAGGUCGAUCAGUUCGUCUUGCUUGGAGCAGUUCCAUUCCGCAGAGAUGUAACACGCUUGCAGAAGCUUGGGGUACAUGGCGUGAUAACCCUAAAUGAACCAUUUGAGACUUUGGUACCAUCAUCUAUGUAUAAGUCACGUGGGAUUGAUCACCUUGUUAUUCCUACAAGAGAUUAUAUGUUUGCUCCUUCACUUGUGGAUAUUAAUCAAGCUAUUGAUUUCAUUCAUAGGAAUGCAUCUUGUGGGAAAAUAACAUAUAUUCACUGCAAAGCUGGAAGGGGCCGGAGUACAACAAUCGUCUUGUGCUAUCUGGUCAAAUACAAGAAUAUGACACCUGCAACAGCUUUCGAGCAUGUACGAUCGAAAAGGGCUCGAGUGCUGUUGACACGUUUGCAAUGGAAGGUGGUUCAAGAAUUCAGCAAGAAGAACGCGGAGCUUCCUGCUCUCACAAGCGAUUCCGCAACAGCAUCUCCAGCACGGGACGUGGUACGGGUAACAGUAGCAGAUUUGAAUGGCAAUGAUGCUCCAGAGUUUCUUACAGAGGAUGCCAGCUUGUCUUGCCACAAGACUACACCGUCAAGGCCAAUGAUUAAGAUGCUGUCAUGCUUGUUUCCUUCUCGGAUCUGA